UAUAGGUGACAGCAUCACCUUCUUGGAUGGCUACUUGACAGUCAUGCGUCGUGCUAUAGCGGCGAGUGAGCACACCAAAGACCGCAAUAUCACACUAGUCAACAGAGGUUACAACGGCGCUACUAUCCAGGACCUCAUCAGAGGCGGUGACGCGUACGGUGUAAUAAGUCUGCCUUAUGUGGCCGGCCUUAAGAUCGACAAACCGACUGUUGUGGUGAUAUUUGUUGGAGUCAAUGACGUCUCGCUGAGCGGAGACUACGCUGAGGGCCACAAUUGUUCUGAUGUCAAUCAGUACCAGCAACUACUUCAUGGCAUGGUCGACACAGCGCGAGAGCUCACGGACGCAUCGGUAGUCUUGUCAACUGUCUCCGUGUACGGCGAAAAGCCCAUGUACGAGAAUUACCACGACAAAAACAUGAAUGAGUUCUCAAAGGCUGUAUACAUGACCAGUAUCGAGCAACAAACAGGGUUCGCAGACUUAAGGGGAGCGUACUUCCGGUACUAUAAACAGUAUAACUCAAAACAUCCCGUAGAGGCUGGUGUUUUGACUCGAUCGGAUUCGGUACACCCAUCACCCCAGGGACAAGUGCUGAUUGCCAACGAGAUGGCAAAGGCCAUAUGUGAUGCGUUAACGUAUAGAGACAAGUGAUUACUGUAUAUUGUAGUCGCAUAGAGCAUAUACUUCAUUCCAAUUUUUGUGUUCUACUUCAAUGGAUAUCAAGGCAUAGCUAUAUGCAGCUAUAUCUGGCGGCCUGCUGCUAGGAAUUCACAAUUGCAUCGGUAACGUAUUUACAAUGUACGCAUUAGAUACCACGCGCUGGUAAUUCUCGAUAGAAAGCUGUGCCCGAGUACUCCAAAUAUCACGGCUUAACAAACACAAUGUGAGAUUUAGUUCCAAUUCAACACUCCACCGCUUGUCAUAUUUACGGGAGCUGUGUGAGAGACUCGCAUCCCGUGUAUUUUUGGCAUCGGAAUUGUAUUUUAAUCCCGAUGUUUUAUGCACGUGCGCUCGAUGAAGCAGUCAUCUGAAAUUGGGAUCAACUCAGAUUUUGAAGACGUAUGGUUCCCGACAAUUUAACCCCACAUACAUGGGAGACGCGCACCAGUGGGCGAACUCGGCCCAGUAUGACGAAGCGAAUCUCAUGGACGUCUUUCCGGAGAUAACGAUUUUUUGAAGGGUUAAGGAAUAGGUUUGUAGCCACUCGUGAUACGAGCAAAGUACAGCUUUCUAAAGAUAGACUUCCUCACGGUACUCGAAAAUCAAAGGACAUUGUAGCGUACCAUAAAGAUCAGCACGAUUGCAUUUUGCCUGAGGAGCGGAAUCGCAGUAAUUGAGUCAUAAAGUACAUGCUUGAGCCAAGAGAUCAACGCAGUGCUGACCGUGGAGAAACAAAAAAAC